AUGGUUGUACGCAAAUCGUGGGUCCCUGCUCUCGGAACCUACUCCGUUGGAUCUUCCAACGAGCCAUUCAACCCAGCCUUGGGUGAUGAGCUGCUGUGCCCUGAGCUUGAGGAUUUCCUCAAUGUCGCUUCGAUGGCGAAUUUGGCACACGUUUAUCUCUCUGAAGAAAACGAAUGGCAUGCCCGCGGCGAGCCCACCGAGAUUGCAAUUGAGGUCUUUGCUUCGCGCUUUGACUGGAACCGUGGUCGCUGGACUAAGGGCUCCAAGCCUACUUGGCAGCAGAAAGCCGAGUUUCCUUUUGAUUCCGCCGUCAAGAAGAUGUCUCUCCUUGAUAGCACUCCCGCAAAUGGCGAAGAGAAAAACAUGCUUUUCAGCAAAGGAGCAGUUGACACUAUUCUUCGCAACAUGGGUGAACUAGCUAGUCUGUGUCUCCGCAUUCUUGCCCUUGCGCAGAGAUCAUUCGAUCCAUCCACCCAAGUAUUGGAAGGCAUGGACUACAGACGUGAUGAAGUGGAGAAGAACCUCCAGUUCCUGGGCCUGGUAGGGAUCUAUGACCCCCCUCGACCUGAAACUGCUGGUGCUUUGAAGCAAGGUAUCUUCACAUGGGAGGUCGUGAUCGAUAUUCUCGCGUAUGGCCUGUGGACCUCGGCUCUGUGUCUUUCGUCCUUCUCCUUGGCGAUGUGGGGAUUUGGAGACGACAACCUUGGACGCGGUUGCAAUCGCCAGUACUCCAAAGAGUGUGAGCUCGUCUUUAGGGCAUGCGCAACCACCUUCGUCUGCUUGACGUGGUUUGCCCUGUUCUUGACCUGGGAAAUGGUGAACAUGCGCCGAUCUUUCUUCCGCAUGCAGCCCAAAUCCAAGAAGUAUCUCACGAAGUGGGCGUAUGACGUCUGGCGCAAUCAGUUCCUCUUCUGGUCUAUUCAUGCAGGCUUUAUCACCGUGAUCCCUAUCCUUUAUAUCCCCAUUAUCAACGACGUGGUGUUCAAGCACACAGGAAUCACUUGGGAAUGUCUUUCUCCGUCGCAUGGGACGGAAGCAUCAGAGAGACAUCUUCCAAUGAGAGGCUGGCUCGCAAGCCUGAGAUGCAAGGGUAUCACGGGGCCACUUCAGAAACAAGAGGAUUAG